CCCCCAAAUGGAACGGAGCGCAUCUCCCGAUCAGGGCUCGCGCCGUCAGGAGAAGCCAAGCCCGCUCCAACGCCCGAACCCAUUUGGAGGCGUCGCCGACGCGCACGACCACGUCUGCGUUGCUCGCCGCCAGUCGGGCGGUCGAGGCCGGCGAAUCAAACGCACCCUGCAGCCAGAGGCGCCUUGGUAUCCCUCCCCUUGCUCGGCCCCCCCGCCCCCUCCUCUUCACAGCCCGCUCUGUGUGCAUGUGCGUGUGUGCGCCUUCAGGUUUGGGCUGGAGACUCCGACAAAGUUUGGGAGCGGGACAAGAAGAAAAGAGAAGGAAGGACGAGGAGGCGACGUCGCGCGUCGGAGGCGAAAUGUGGCACGGCAAGAAGCGGCGCUAAACAUGGCGGCGCGUCGCCGAGCCGGCGGGGCCGGGAGGCCCGCCGUCAUCCUCGUGUGGGCGGGGCUGCACGCGUACGUUUCCGGAUGCCAGUGGUCCGAGUGCGGAUCGGUGUUGACGGAGCCCGAGGGCCAACUGACGUCUCCGUGUUACCCGAGCAAGUACGGCAACUCGGCGAGUUGCCGGUGGAGCCUGCGAGCGCCGCCGGGCUUCGUGGUGCAGAUCCGGUUCGAGGACUUUGAGCUC